CACAUGUACAUUUUUAUUUUAAAACAAUGACAAAGAUGGCGCCCAGUAUGUUCGUUAUUUUAGGUGUUCUAUUUUCUGCGACAAGUGUUCUCAGCGGUGGAAAGAAGACUCUUGUCCUCUUGGAAAACCUUGCCACAAAAGACACUCAUUCAGUCUUCUUCUCCGAUCUCACUGAGCGUGGAUUUCAACUCACCUUCAAAAUGGCCGACGACCCUAACUUGGCUUUGGUGAAGUAUGGCGAAUACCUUUACGAGAACCUUAUAAUAUUCGCUCCGUCUGUGGAGGAAUUCGGCGGAACCAUCGACGUGGCCUCUCUUUCUAGUUUUGUCGAUCAAGGUGGCAACAUUUUGGUAGCUGCAAGCUCUCAAGUGGGUGACAUAUUGCGUGAGUUUGCUAUGGAAGUGGGCAUAGAACCUGACGAGAGGGACACUUCUGUCAUCGAUCACAUGAACUAUGACACAAAGGAUCGCGGGGAGCACACACGCCUUGUGGUUGACCAAUCAAACAUCAUUAGUUCAUCUCUCAUUGUUGGCGAUGACACCAAUUCCCCAGUCCUGUACAAUGGCUUGGGGCUAUUGGCUGAUCCAGAUAAUCCACUGGUCCUUGAGAUAAUGACCGGUUACACCACUUCAUACUCAUACAAUCCAUCUCAGGCUAUCACAGAGUAUCCUCAUGCUGUUGGCAAGAGCACUCUCCUCAUAGCAGGUCUUCAAGCUCGUAACAAUGCUAGAGUCGUUUUCUGUGGCUCUAUCGAUUUCUUUAGCAAUGCUUUCUUUGCUUCAUCCGUACAGAAAGCUCAAAAAGGUUCCAAGGGAUAUCCACUGAGUGGGAAUCGGGCCAUGGCAAGAGCUCUUGGUCAGUGGGUGUUCAAAGAGAAGGGAAUACUUCGUGUCAGUGGCGUACGCCAUCAUAAAGAAGGACAGGAGGAAGCCCCUGCUUCUUACACAGUAAAGGACAUGGUCUAUUAUUAUAUUAACAUAGAAGAGCUGGUAGGUGGUGAAUGGGUCCCUUAUACUGGCACAGAUGUACAGAUGGAGUUUGUACGCAUUGACCCAUUUGUGCGUACAUACCUCAACAAGACAAGAGAUGGGAAAUUAUAUUACAUUUUAUUCCAAUUACCUGAUGUGUAUGGUGUCUUCCAGUUUAAGGUUGAUUACAAUAGGCUUGGCUAUACUCAUCUCUUCAGUUCUACUCAAGUCUCUGUUAGGCCCUUCGAACAUACUCAAUACCAAAGAUUCAUAACGUCUGCUUAUCCCUACUACCUCAGUGCUUUUUCAAUGAUGAUUGGUGUGGCUCUCUUCUCUUGUGUCUUCCUUCAUUACCGUGAUCCUGAUACUGACAAGAAGAAGAAAAGGGACUGAUUGAUGACAGUACUAGUUAGCAUUAGUAGCAUUGAUUUGUUUACAAAGUUUUUUUUGAUAAAUGAAAGUUUCAAGUUGA